AUGUCAUUGAACGUGGUGGGAAAUUCAAAUACAACAUAUUGCAUAGAAUAAAAGCAUUAAAUUUUAUCUUCUGAAAAUAUUAUAGUUUUAAAACACAUAACCGUUGCUGUUUAACGUAUAUUAGAUAUUAAGAAAAUAUAUUUUUUCCUACUUAUAAGUUACUUAGGACAUGUUUGAUUACUAUAAAUGUCACAGUAUCUAGUAUUGUUUAUUAUGCGUACACCUUUAUCAACCUUCAAUUCUCGAUAUCUUUUAUAUUUUUUAUUAUUAUUAUUAUGACAAACGAAGAAACUGUGUGGCAAGAAUUAUCAGAAAUAUUUGCAGAUCCUCCAGAGACAAGAGAUAAAUGCUUACAAUGCAAGAGGCCAGUUCCAGUCUGUUGGUGUCCUGGAUUACCGAAACAUGCAGUGUGUCCUACAUCAAGAAUAAUCAUCUUACAACACCCUGCUGAAGUAAAACGUUGUUUAAGAACUGCACCUAUGCUUGCUCUAGGCUUGGAACCUGGGAAAUGCAUAAUUUACAGAGGCAAAAAAUUUCCAUUAUCCAAACAUGAUGGUCUAACAGAAAUUUUAAGCGAUAAAAAUACUAUAUUAUUAUAUCCAUCUCCUGAUGCUAUAUCGCUUGAUAAAUUAACUCCAGUCGGUACAAAUGGUCAAAAGCCUUAUAAUCUCAUUCUGUUAGAUGGUACUUGGCCCCAAGCAAAGGCAAUAUAUCACUCAAGUCCAGCACUUUGCCUUUUAAGAGCAUGUAAAUUAGUUGGAGUUCCAACAAGCGAAUAUGUUAUUAGAACUCAACCAACUGAAGGAUGUUUAUCUACACUUGAAACAGGUGCUUUUGCGCUUUCUAUUUUGGAAGGUGAUCCUGAUUUGAAAAAUAAAAUGCUUGGACCAUUGCAUUAUCUUUGCAGGCAAGUUUGCAAUGUUAUAAUACAAAAUGUAAUUUAUAAAAUUAAUGAUGAUAACAUUUUCAGAUUCCAAUUAGAAAAUGGUGCUGUAACUCAUCAAAGCAAAGAAUUUCUUAUUAAACAGAAAGCUUAUCCUAAACUUAUAGGACGACGGUUAGCAAAGCAAUUACGCAUGUUACCUGAAGAAUCUACGUAACAUUUCCAUUUAAUAGCUCAAAGUAAUAGAUCAAAUAAUAGUUAUAAUAGGUAUUUAAAGAAAUUCAUCCUAUAGCAAAUGUUUAAUUUUUUAUAACUGUGUGUAAAGGAAUAGCAUUUCAUAAAAGGAAAUAAAUUAGGUGAACAAUGAAUAAUUUUAAUUUAUAAACACAUAUUUUUAUAAAUAUUGCGUCAGGUUAUUUCAAAGUUUUUGACAAUAUAUGAAAAUCAAAUUUAAUAUUUCCAUGUUGCGGUACAAAGUCAAACGACCAUUGAAGAACGCUUUGUUGUGUAACAUUUGUUAUGUGUCUGAAUAAAUAUACAC